AUGAGCCUCACACGAGAGCAGAACGAUGAUUCUAUCCUUCGGUUGGUCUCCGAGCCCGUUGACAACGUGCAGGGAAAUGGCGACAAAAACCCCUUUUCCCCGGUCACCUUGGCAGAACAAGACGAGGAAGCUAGUGGUCCAUCUGCAGAAGCUUCUGCUGAAAAAGCAAAAGCAACCUCAGUUCCUCAAAAUGGUGCAAUCGGCGAUGCAGAGGAACUGGAAAAACAUAUCAAUAUCAUCGAGAGUGGCGGUGGUCCGAUUCGCCAAGAGGGAGGGUCGGGAGUCUCUCACAAAGGAAACCCGAAAAGCGAGACCUCUCCAGCUGCAGAGUUUGUGGCAGGAGACGGAGAUCCAACGGAUGGUUCGGUCCUUGACUCGACAGAAGAACAACUUUCAUCUUCUACAGAUUUAGCGGGAGCCGCUGCGAGACAAGACGAGGUCGUUGACACAGAUGACAAAGAAACAUCGGCUCCGGCACUUAAUGCUCUGUCAGAAGACGGUGCGGGUGGCGAAACCGCCCACAAAAAUGAAGCGCCAUCCACUCCUGACUCAAGUGCAUUGGUCGGCGGAUCAAGCGCGGUAACUGAGGGGGAUUACGAGAGGCAGCAACAGGAGAAAACGAAGGAAAAUGUGCCCUCUGAAACACACCAGAAGGGCGCACCAAGCAACAAGGCGAAUGAGGGCUCAGCGACGACCAGAUUGCCGGAGGCGGAUAGUCCGGCAGCUAAAAACGUUCAAGCCAGUCCUCAGCAUUUUCUUUGGGGAGCCCCAGACGUAUUGCCGUUGGGAAAAUAUCUUUCCCAAGUUUCUGGGGACUUCAUCGACUCUCCGGCAAUGGCAGCAUUCUCCACUUUCGCAACCAUGUCUCCAGUGUACUCACCGUUCGAAGGAAUCGGAAUGUCUCCGAGUGUGAUGCGUGACGAUAGUGGAACGUAUCUGCCACCUGUGGCCCCAGCACCUAGCCCGUACAUGGCCUCUCUGCACCCAGCAGUAUUUCAGGGAGGUAUGAGUAUCGAUCCAACGUCAGGCUUUUCCACUACCAAUUUCGGAGCAAUGUACAGCCCCAACUUCUCCGCUGCAGCUACCAGACCCAUUCAUAUGCCCAGCGCCAUAGAGACUACGCCUUCCGUGUCUAUGAUGGAUAACACUCCGGUUGGGGGUGUUUCCUUUUCGCCGGCUCUUCGUGCGAGCACGUUAGACGGAAGCAUCGGAGGCUUGGGAAUGCCAUUUACGGGUGUUAUGGUGGGUCAAUUCAACGAAGAGAGCGUCCCCCUUCUAAACGGAAGUGGCAACUCCGGCCUAUCAUCGCCAAGCAUGACACACGGAGCACCGCGCAUGCAGUUCGGCGGAUCCGCAGGGAUUGGCAUGCCUUUCCAUAACCGUUUCUUUCCAACCGCAGACGGCCACAACCUAGCAAACGGCGGCCAGACAACAGGGAAUGUGAACACCGGUUUCUCUAUCACUCCUGGAGAGGGCACCCCGUCGCCCAAACACUUUCCUUCUACAUUCCCUCAAUUCUCCUUCGGCUCCGGUGGUGAAUUUCCUGACUCCAGAUCUGGAGGGGAUUCCGUUAUGAAGGGGGACACGUAUCAGGAAAUCAACAAUUCUUUUCAGGCAAGCGGAACAUGGAACGCGUGGAGUUCCCCUCGCGCCCGAGACCCAUUCAACGACUAA